CCCUUAUCCAACUGCGCUUUCAAGCUACGGACAUGGAAAUGGCACAAAGGUCCAUUUUCGAAAGACCAAUGGAGCGGUUCACACCAGUGAGGACGCUGCGGGACGCCAUUUAUGGCAAGGUUGUACUGUGCAAGCAGGAUCAGUGCGAUGGCGACAACUUCGUGGCAAUAAAGAUGAUGUGUCUGGCCAAUGUGACAACCAAGACUGCGGUUCGCACCGGCCAUCGGGUCAAAGAGGACGGGGGCGAGGAGAUGGCGAUCCUGAUGAGUUUGCCACCGCACCCAUCGAUUGUGAAUCUGCUCGAAUACUUUGAACACGACGGCAUGUUGUGUUUGGUGCUCGAGUACUGCGCUUUCGGCGAACUGUUUGACCACUUGGCUCGUCAUAACCAGCGCCAGCCCCAUUUGCACCCGUCGCAACCACAACGGAUGUCGCAACCAUCGCCCAACAAGACGCCACCUGCGUACAUGUCGGAGCGACAAGCAGCUACAUGGUUUCGGCAGAUUGUUGAUGGGGUCCGCCACAUCCACGCCAACGGCAUUGCCCACCGUGACCUGUCGUUGGAAAACGUCCUCCUUGACGCCAACCAGCACUGUCGAAUAUGCGAUUUCGGACUGUCAUCUCGAGAAGGCAAAAGUUGUUUGGGACGUGUGGGCAAGACGUUUUACAUGGCGCCCGAGGUGUAUUUUGGCGACCACCAGCGAUACAACGGCUUCAAAGCCGAUAUUUGGUCACUGGGGAUUUUGCUAUUUAUCCUUCUCAGCGGGAUUCCACCGCUCGAAGUGCCGUCCGAAAUCGACGCUCGGUUUCGUAUCAUUCGGCAGGAAGGCGUCCAGGAAUUGGCCAAAAUGUGGGGGCUGGCCAUAUCCAACGAAGCACUCGACUUGCUGUCGUUCAUAUUGAGAGCCCGGCCGGAGGAGCGCCCUUCCUUGGACGAAAUCCUGAGCCACCCGUGGUUCGAGACGCGAUGGGUGGACGGAGUCACUGGAAACCGAGUGGUCGUUGCGUAAAAACAAUGUAGAGAGGGCUACCCAUGUCUCGGGAUUUGUCAUGCAUCUUGCAAAAUCUACAUGUCGGAUGCAGCAUCGACACCCGAGAACUGCAAAUACGUGUGCAAUCACGCUAGUCUAAAAUCCCGUCCUAUAUGAGGGUCGGGGCUGUG